AUGCUGCGGCGUACGUUAUGCCGUCGCAUGAUGCAGCUGCAUGCGCAGCCCACCCCUAACCCACUCUGCCACUCCUUCUCCAUUCCCGCAGACAGCUUCGAGAGCUUUGUGCCGCAAGGGCAGUCGUGCGAGGUGGCGCACCGCGGCCUCGCAUGGGUGCACCCGCUCUCCCAAGGACUCUUUGAGCAGUACCCGCAGGAGGUGAUGUGCGUCUUCAUCGCGCCUCGGCAUGUGUCCAUUUCGGUCUACACGAACGUGGACUGGUCUAAAAUCGAGUGGAGCAUCAGCAGCUUCCUAGGACACUACCUCAUCUUCAAUAACGCGUGCGUAUCUCCGGCCAAAGAGUACACCCUCAUCGAGGACGACCUGGAGCUGAAGGACAACGACUCUGAGGUGUUACAGUGCAUCAAGGAACUGCUGCGAGAACAAGUGCGUCCGAUGGUUCAGCGCGACGGCGGUGACGUGAAACUGCUGAACUUCAACGAAAAGACUGGGGUUGUGUCACUUGCGAUGCUUGGCGCCUGUAGGACUUGCCCCUCUUCACAGAACACCCUUAAGGACGGUAUCGAACGCGUCAUGAAGCAUUUUCUCCCCGAGGUGACGGAGGUGAUAGAAGCCAAGGAGCACCAGUUCUAUGAGGACUACGGACUUCUUUUGGACUCGGAGAAGGCGCUCUUCAAGGAGGCUGCGCGACUAGAUCGAGAGCGGAAGGAACACAUUCAACCCAAGCUAACUCCCACAGUUCUCUCCUAUGAUGCUCUUAGCGAGCCGGAUGGUGAUUGA